AUGGCAGAUACAGCAACCACAACCCCAGCCAAGAAGAAGGUUACAAAGCCUAAGGUGCCAGCAGCGCACCCCAAGUACGUUGACAUGAUCAGGGCCGCCCUGGAAUCUUUGAAAGAGCGUGGCGGAUCUUCCAGACAAGCCAUUCUAAAGUACAUAAUGGCCAACUACAAAGUCGGCAACGACGUCAACUCCAUCAACGCCCACUUGAAAAUGGCUUUGAAGAACGGAGUGAAGAAAGGUGCUCUGAAACAAGCCAAGGGCACAGGCGCCAAUAUGAGUGAUUGA